AGAUUAGAUAGAAUGAAUGCAACGGGCGUAAAGAAGACUUCCUGUUGAUGCAAACAUCGCAGCAGCAACUGCCUGACACAUCUGGACUUGGAAAAAGGGGGGGGAGGCCUGGCUGUAGUGUUAGCGAGCUGCUGAGGGGAAUGGACAGCAUCUAAAUGCCAACCUGCAAGACGGUGAGUGUGGCGGACUGCGUCUUUGGCAUGGACUGCUGAUCGUAGUGUGAUUGUAAUGUCGACGCGUCGGUUCCCUUUCAGUGCUGUCGACAAGCUGGAGAAACAUAUCCAAGAGAUGGACGACGGCAGCUACAUCGAGUUUGAUGUGCCGGAGUUCAGUAACACGGUUCUGACCCAACUCAACGAGCUGCGGCUUCAAGGAAAGCUCUGUGACAUCAUUGUUCAUAUUCAGGGUCAGCCGUUUCGAGCUCACAAGGCCGUCCUGGCGGCCAGUUCACCCUACUUUCGUGACCACUCGGCCCUCAACACCAUGAGUGGCCUUUCCAUUUCAGUCAUUAAAAGCCCCGAGGUUUUUGAGCAGCUCCUUGCGUUCUGCUACACGGGUCACAUGUCUCUCCAGCUCAAGGAUAUUAUUAGUUUCCUCACAGCGGCCAGCUUUUUGCAGAUGCAGGCAAUCAUCGACAAAUGCACCCAAAUCCUGGAGAGCAUCCAUUCCAAGAUCAGCCUCCCAGUUAGUGCCGGUAGUCCAGAUAAGGAAAGCUCACAGAUCAGUCGCAAUGGUGUCAAUGACAGCAACCUGUUCAUAAACCCUACCCAGAUCUCCCCCCCUUAUUACCCCCGACACAGCCAGGGGGCCAGCGAAGCUCGGUCGGAGCAGGCAGGUAAAGGCCCGGGACGCGUGCGGCAGCAAGAAGAGGGGCAAUCGGAUCGCGGCAGUAGCGACGGUGUGUCAGAGCACGACGCAGCCAUGGAAGGAGACGCCGAACAAGUAGAACUAAUCGGCAAAGAUGGGCAAGUCACAGACGUGCAUAUAAAAGUGGAGAAAAACGACAGGCCGUCGUACUCUGAUAGUUCCUCGGCUGGCGACGAUGGUUACCACACAGAGUUUGUGGAUGGAGAACAGAUUGUCGCUGUUACUGUGGGUUCCUAUGGUCCCGUAAUCCAGCCUGCCACCUAUUCUUACUCAGGGCUGUCCUCCUCCUGCUUUGUCAACCUCAGCAACUCCAGUCCUUCUCGCUCCAUCCUUAGCAGCUUCAGAGGCGGGAGAGCCAGAUCAAAGCGCCCAGUGGCUAUCCCCGCAGGAGUUCUAAGUCAAAUGAAACCCAACUCGGAUGAUGCUGAAUCCGCCGUCGGGUCUGCAGGGUUGGAAAAUGAUGUGCGAGAGCGCAGCCUUCGGAGCCAGUGGUACCCUUACAAUGAAAGACUCAUUUGCAUCUACUGUGGAAAGACCUUCAAUCAGAAAGGGAGUCUUGAUCGCCACAUGCGUCUGCAUAUGGGAAUUACCCCCUUUGUUUGUAAAUUCUGUGGCAAGAAGUACACCAGGAAAGACCAGCUGGAGUACCACAUCCGUGGCCACACAGACAACAAGCCCUUCCACUGUCAGAUCUGCGGUAAAUGCUUCCCAUUUCAGGGCACCCUUAACCAACACCUGCGGAAGAAGCACAUGGGAGCAUCGGAGGUUAGCAAUCAUCUGGACUCCCCAGAGAGAACCGAGGAUAGCUUAGGUCAAAAGGAUCACGGGGAUGCGCCGGAGGGGAUGGCGUAUGAGGCGCAGUAUGCAGAAGAGGCACCAGCCAAUGAUAUUGACGAGAGUUCCAAAUGCAGUCCGGAGGAGGCUCAAGCAUCCAGAUGUGAUUUUUAAGGUCCUGCUUCAGGUUCAGGAAGCUUUAAGAAAUGAUUAGUUAAACUCAGCUUAAAGGACUCAAUUUUUUUCUGGAAUCCCUCUGCUACAGACCUUUCUUGAUACAAGCAUUUCUGUCAGUUUUUUUUUUUUUUUGUAAAAUCCAUGCAGAGAAUGAGUGAAAGAAAGUGGAUGCUUUAUAAUAGAAAUUGUUUCAAGCAAAGGGAGUCACAACGUACUAUUUUUGCGGUGGUCCCAAUAAUCACGACCUCCAGUUGAUUGCUCUUUUUAUCUUUCCAUGUUUUUUUAAGAAAAGAAAAAAAAUAUUUACAGAGUUAUAUAGGCAUGUUGCAAUAAUUGAUAAUGUGAAAGCUCUGGUAAGAUGCUUGUCAUAUCACCUUUUUACCUGACCCGUUUUUGCACAUGUGGCCACUGGAGGUCACUGACUCACAAGGAAUGAUUUUUCUGCCAGUGCAAAGCUUCGUGUGACAUAUCCGUUUAAUACCUCAUUUUGCAACUACAUACUCAUAACAGACAGUAUUUUAACUUAAAUGAAACUCACCGGGUUCUACCUCAUAGCCAAGAACCUAUCCAGCACAGACGUGUUCACAGUUUAAAAUCCGUUUUUCGCUUUUGUGUACAGUUUAUCUUCUUGCCAAAACGCUGUAACACUUAUUCUUUUUACACAAAGCCUUGAUACUAGGAUGGGAAAUAUUCCUUGCUGAUUGUAUGGACUGGGGACAAGGUCCUUGUCAAUUGUCUAUGGUCAGCCAGGUUAAAAUUAUGAUCCAGAAGGUGCUAUGUUAGGAGUGCAUUAAAUUUGCUAGCUUACAUGUUUUCCUUUGGCAAAAUGUUGAGGAUAAAUUGAGAAAAUGGCCCUGUUAUGAUUUCAAGAUACAUGUUAUUGUCUGAGUUUUAUAACACAUCAUUACUUGAAGUCUCAUUUAGUUGGUCCAGGUGUUGCUUUUAGAUGCUUUCAUCCAUGUGAUGGGUGAAUCAUGUCCACAAAGUAUACCUCUUUACCCUGUAGGCAAAUUUACAAUGGAUUAGCAUAUGUGUAUUUGUUUUAUGAAGGGGAAGGCUUCCAUGUGAUUCUCAAUAGUAGUUGCUGUUAACUAAGCGCCACCUAGGGAGCGGCUUGGAACAAUAUGCAAAAACGAAUGAACAAAGGAAUCUCAGCCAUUGCCUCAUGGUUUAUAUUCCAUCAUCUAGAAAAGCUAAUUUUUGUCUGUUUUUAUCUUUUUUUUUUUUUUUGGUUGUAAACCCAAUUAGGAGUGUGUUCCUUUGAGUCUUUUUAUCAUGGAUGUCGCAAAGCUGAAUUACCGUGAAAUGAUUAAGGUUUAAAAACAAAGUGGUUGUUUUUUUUUUCUAAAAAGUAUUGCUUCACUCUGCAGAAUUAGGUCGCUUCUUAGUGCUACCCUAGAUAUUAAAUAAGCAGAGCGUUGUUGGUCAUUCUUAAUGCAUAUUUGGAAAAUGACUUUGGUUGGAGAAAAGUAGAAAAACUUUAUUGACACUCAGCAAUCUUAUAAAUUCUAUUGGCUAAAGGUCUUGCUUGUGGCAUGACUUUUUUUUUUUUUUAAUCCUAUAUUCAUUGUGUUAUUUGGGAUUAGGGAAGGUUUUUUUUUUUUAAAUAUAUAUAUAUUAAAGGCACUGAAAGUGCAAGACUAAUUGUUUGCAAGUUUUAAACUUAGCCGGGUGGUUGUCUUUGUGCUACUCUGCUCUUUUAUUUGCCAUCCAGCUGUUAAAUGCCUUUGUGUGUGUGUGUUUUUUCAAAGAGCACCUACUAUAUACUUUUAUUUUUCUCCUAUCUGGGCCGUGUUGAAUUUUUGCCAAUGAAUUAAUAAUUGAUUAUAUUAUAGUUUUCUUUCAUAUUGUUUCCUUAAUUAUUGUGUUUGGUGAAAGAUUCUGCAUAAAAUUACUUAAGUACUUUUUUUUUUUUUUUUGGUUUCUCUUCUGAAUGUGCUUCUGUCAUCUUUACUCUUUUAUCAGAUACAGUAGCAACACCAAACUGUGGGGAAAUUCUGCUUAGAUCAUGGCUCGCUUUUUCUUUCCCUCUGUGUACGAAUCAACAACAAACUCUUUUACUCAUCCCAAGCAGUUUGUCAGCCUAUAAAUGUUUACUAAGUAAAAGUUUAUAUCUUUCAAACGCUGACUGUUGCUGCUUUGUCAGCUGAUCCGACUUUAGAAAAAUAAGUUGUAGAAUCGUUACCACUCAUUUGGACUACAAGAAAAACAUCCAUACUUUUUCGGAAACUGUCAGAUUAAUUUCUUGAGUGAUGAAAAUUAAUCUUGUGCCAAGAAGUAACACCAAAGACUGAUAGGUGAUUUUUAGAGUCAGUUUUGAUUAUACUGCUAAUUUAAUACUAAAUAAUGUAGAAUUAGUUGAUUGCUAUUUGCAAGUUUGGUUUCUCAGCUUGUUACAAUCAGUUGUGUAAAAUUUAAAGAACAUUUUAAAUAGUAAGGUAACUAAUGUUAUAUUUUAAGCCAUAAAAAAGUUAAGUAUAUAAAAAAAAGUUGUCUAAUAGGUUUCAUAAAUAUUAAGUCUGCAAAAUCAAAAGAGAGGGAGCAGAGUGGCAUCUUUAACCUCGUGCCUUGCCACAAGCUUUAUAUCAAAGUCAAUGCUGGCACUUAGAAUAUGCCUCUUUUAUUUUGAAACUAUUUUUAAAAAGUCAAACACUUGAGAACAUGAAAUAGCUCGGCCAAAAAA